UAAAAAUGUCUGACAGUUGGAGAACAUCGUCGUUGCAUGCGAGUGCAUUGUUUGUGCAUAAACCAAACACCGUCGGGACACUUAAAAUUAUCGCAACAUGAGUUCGCAAGACGAAACAAAGGAGAGAGAAGAAAAGCUAGAGGAUGAACACAUCAAAAAAUAUGGGCUGAAAAUAAAACUCCUGGUGUUGCAUUGUCGUGGAGAAAUUUCAGAAUUGGGCCAUAAAAUAGCAGAAAAUUUCAAAUCGAAUUUAGACUAUGUGUACGAAGGUGUUCAGAAAAUCUUUGACUGCAUUCGAUACUCGAAAUUUCUUCAACAUUCCACCCUGAUGAUUGUCAUCAAUGGCUAUUGUCUGUGCUACAUUCACGUAUUGGAACUCAUACUAUUUUUAAUACGGAACAAUGAAUACUUGCGCUACAAAUCCAAGCUGAUUAUAUUGAAUAAUGUCGUCCGUUGUCCGUGUCGAUCUCGUUUCCGAUACAUUCGUCCAUUGGAGGAGACCGAGCUGAAUUGUGGCAAAUACGAUAACACCAUCAUAUUCUUUAACGAUGUUCAAGUUGAACUGGAUGUUGCCCAAUGUUAUCUGGUGUGCCUGCUUAUUGCUCAGUCCAAGCCAAGGGAAACAAUUGCCCAGAUCUUAACACCUGGAGAACGUUCCGGUAAACAUGAGUGCAUUAAGAAGUCAACAAAUGUGGAUCUAUAUUUUUAUAACAUCAAUCCGGCAUUAGCCAUUAUCGUGAAUAACUAUUAUUUCACAAGUCCUCAACAGGUCCGGGAGGGUAGUGAAUAUGAUGUUCUGAAUUUAAUGCGUGAACUGAAAACUGCACGCAUUCCCUUUAUCCUUAUCGAAGAUUGCGAUCGUGCCCAGUUGCUACAAAUCUUGGAAUAUAUCGAACGAAAAGAUUUCCAGCCGUUAAAAAGCUUCCUCUUCUUCAUUAUGUCACAUGGAGAUUCGAAUGACAUCAUUUAUACACACGAUGGUCAGCUGAAUAUUAGGACCGAUGUGGUAGAAAAAAUUCAAGCCAAUCCUUCACUGGAUGAUGUGGAGACAUUGAUUGUGUUGAACGCCUGUCGCGGCCCCAUUGACCUGGAAUAUGCCACUUGCGGGGAUUUAGAGCAAAUAAAACCCUCCGAUGCUAGUCACCUGAAAAGGAACACCAUACUAUUGUACAGUGUGCCCGAUCGUGUACAAUCACCUCGUUGUCCUCGCGAAGGAUGUCCUUUAAUUUGGAGCUUUUGCCAAAAUUUUCAUCGCAGUGAUCAUACCCAUGAUAUUCGUAUUAUUGGUGAUCAAAUUAAUUCGGAUCUUCAAAAGAUGUAUUACUUCGAUGGUGUUGACACAUGUUCCGAACUACUGACAAAUAGUAAAGGCAGGCCCCAUAACAUUUUAAAAUUGCCCUCAAAUGCUGUAACAAUGUUGGAGUUAAUCGAUUCAAUUCUAAAAGAUUUCCCCAUUUCUCGUAAGAAUAGCGACGCUGAUGAUUGUCAUAAACUGCAAACAAUGUUCCAUAUUUGUGGUACACUUAAUGAACGGAAAUUUCCCAAAUUAUCUAUAGUUGAGAAAUAUUUUAAUACAAAUUUGGAUGUGGACAAAUAUUGAGUUUAGUCUCAACAUUUGCUAUUUUUUUAGUAAAUAAAACAACAAUUUUUUUUU